CAAAGUCCCAUUUGAAAUGACCAAGCUGAAGACUCCGAGUCCGCGCAACAGGGUCCCCCGCCCGCGUCUCGACGCCGCGUCAACGCAGGCGCAGGCCACGACAGCAGAGAAUGCAGAACUGUUCCGGAGCAUCGCUGAGUCCGCCCUCAUCUUUGCUAACCUCGUCCAGCAGAUCGCUGACGAGACGAUCGAGGUGUCGGAGCGCGAGAAAGAGGAGAUCUUAGCGAUCGGGCGCCUCGUGCAGGCCUUUGUGCAGAAGUAUGCACGCGGCGACAGCACGGACCUCGGUGAAUGGCCCAUCGCUGACGCGAGUCCAAGCCUUAAAUAACCGUUUAUAAUACAGGUACACGUCACAUACCAAUA